CUGGCUUCAGUGUGUUCAGGCUCGGCUGUGGAUCGGCUGAGGGCUGUACUGACUCCUCUGGACUGCACUGCCAACUGAACAGCCUGUGUCUGUGUGCCGGGAGGAGGAGGAGGAGGGAGCCUUUCUGUCGUUUAUUUUUUCAAGUUUUCAAGGAAUACUUGCUUCAGCUUACACCGGAGAAGCUGGACCAUCACACGAAGUCUUCGGCAGAGAGAACAUUUUAAAGAUUGCAUCGUAAAUGUAUCAGAAACUUGGAGCCCAGUAUGAAAAAGGCGAGCAGGGCCACGGGCGCCUCCACCAGAACAACGGCUGGCAAUAAAGCCCAGGGCAAGCCUGAGGCCACCAGCGCUAUGGGCACUGGAGGCAAGGCCACAGCCAAGUCCACAAACUCAGCCCUUCUGUCUAAGACGAAGAGCAAUGAUGAUCUCCCAGCAGUGAGUGCAGGCAGUGGAGGAUCUGCGGCAGGUGGCAGCGUUGCAGCCAAGAGCAAGAGGAGCACCACCUCCACUCAGAGCAACACAGAAGCUAAGGCCAAGACCAAUUCAGGUUUAUCAGGAAGGCGCGGGACAUCUUCUGCAACUAAGGAGCCUGGAGUGACCCGAGAAAGUUUGCGCUCCAGGACCGGUACUGCUAAGAAGCUGUCUGGACCCUCCGACUCGAUGCCUCCAAAGCGGUCUCGCUGCCGCACUUCAACUGAGGCGGAAACUCAAGCUAGCAAGUCCCGCUACGACAGGCAGAUCAGCAACAAAGCAGUGCUGGAGUCCAGAGUGAAGGACCUGCUGGGCCUGGCCAAGAGCAAAGACCUGGAAAUCAUGCAUUUGCGUUCAGCGCUGCGCGGGAUGAGGGCUCAGCUGGGUCUGGAAGUGCAGGAAGAGCAAGAUGCCCCUGAGGCGGAGAGCCAGGCUGAACAGCAGCCCCAGGAGAAGGAAACUGUCUGUGGGAUCAGCGCAGCUGAUGUGGAGUCCACCCUCCUGCUUCUGCAGGACCAGAACCAGGGCAUUCGGGGGGAGCUGAACCUGCUGAAGAGUGAGAACCGCAUGCUUAAAGACCGCCUCAACGCGCUGGGCUUCUCACUGGAGCAGAGGCUGGACAGCCCAGAUAAAGGCCCACGCGGCGUCUCUCUCAGUCCAGAGCCGGCAGCUGGUGGAGGGGGCAGCGGCAGCAGUGGUGGCGGGGGAGGAACUCGGGCAUCUUCAGCAGAAGGAUCUGCUGGAGGUUCCACGGAAGACCUUCUGUCUGAGGCGAGACGUGUUGGCUCACCCGAAGCUGUGGACAGCGAGUGCAGUGAGGCCUACAGUGAGGCCUACCAGCCGGUCACCUCCAGCGAUGAUGCCCUGGAUGCGCCCUCAGGCUGUGGCUCCUCAUCUGAGUCAGAGGGCGGUGGCUCCUCUCCAGGCCGAGAGCGGAGGGGCAGCAGCGGGAACGCCAGUGAGGUGUCUGUGGCCUGCCUAACGGAGCGCAUCCACCAGAUGGAAGAGAACCAGCACAGCACGGCAGAGGAGCUGCAGGCCACGCUGCAGGAGCUGGCCGACUUGCAGCAGAUCGCGCAGGAGCUAAGCGCUGAGAAUGAGCGACUGGGUGAGGAGCGUGCUGUGCUGCUGGACUCACUGAGGCAGCAGGCUGAACGCCUGGAGCUCUAUGGCCGCCAACUGGACUACUUCCGUGGCCUGCUGGACGAGCACCGUGUGGCCUACGCCAAGGAUGAGGAAGAUGAGGACACCAAGAGUGGACGCUAUGUGGAGCUGGAAAGGCGUUACGCUGAGCUGAACGAGAAUGCGCGCUUUGAGAGGGAACAACUGCUGGGAGUGCAGCAGCAGCUGAGCGGUGCACUGAAGAUGGCCGAACAGGAGAACGCUGAGGCGCACGGUCUGGCAGCCGCCCUGAAGGACCGUGUGCGCCUGGCCGAGAGGACAGCUGAGCUGGAGCGACGAGAGCGCGAUGCCGCUGCUGUGCAGCUGCAGGCCCUCAGACUACAUGCUGAGGAGGAGCAGAUCGAGCUUGACCGCUGCAGACUUCAGUUGGAGCAGGAGAGGGAGAGGGUGGCCCAGCUCCUCUCCAUCCACAAUGCCGGUGAUAAGACUGACAUACGCCAUCUGCUGGACAGCGAGAGGUUGGACAAGGAGCGUGCUGAGGCUAAAGCAGCAGAGCUGCAGGAGGAGCUGAGGCACACGCGUGAAGAGGCUGCCCAGCUGCAGGACGCAAUUAGUAAGCUGGAGGGAGAUUUCCAGGAGUUCCGGGAUGAGGUGCAGAAACAGCUGGCUGAGCAGAAGCGGGUUUUGGCACAGCAGUGCUCUGAACUGGAGGAGAAAGACACUGAGAUCGCCGACAUGAAGGAGACCAUCUUUGAGCUGGAGGAUGAGGUGGAGCAGCAUCGAGCUGUCAAACUUCAUGACAACCUCAUCAUCUCAGACCUGGAGAAUUCUAUUAAAAAACUUCAUGACCAGAAAUAUGACAUGGAAAAAGAGAUCAAGACCCUUCACCGUAAACUGCGGGAAGAAUCUGCUGAGUGGAGGCAGUUCCAGGCUGAUCUGCAAACGGCUGUGGUCAUUGCCAAUGACAUUAAGUCUGAGGCUCAGGAGGAGAUUGGGGACCUGCGGCGCCGCUUGCAAGAGGCCCAGGACAAGAAUGAAAAAAUGAGCAAAGAGCUGGAUGAGCUCAAAAGCAGAAAGCAGGAUGAAGAGCGUGGUCGUGUAUAUAACUACAUGAAUGCAGUGGAGAGGGAUCUGGCUGCUCUGAGGCAGGGAAUGGGCCUGAGUCGCCGCUCUUCCACCUCCUCAGAGCCCUCUCCCACUGUCAAGACCCUAAUCAAGAGCUUUGACAGUGCCUCGCAAGGUCCUAUUCCAAGCAGUCCAGCAGCCACUGUUCCAGCUGUGGUCGCUGCGGCCAUUCCCAGAACCCCCCUUAGCCCCAGCCCGUUGAAAACUCCGCCCGCUGCUGCGGUGUCUCCAAUGCAGAGGCACACAGUCACCACACCCAAGCCCCUCUCCUCUCUGGUGGAUAAGAGACCCAGCUACACAGAGCUGAGCAUGCCAGCAGACCAUCUGCUUCGAACUUCUCCAGGAACUCGUCCUGGCUCUGCUCUCCAGAGAGUGCCUAAUAUAGACCCCACCAAGUCCAUAUCAGUUUCUCGUAGGAGCAGUGAGGAGCUGAAGAGGGAUCUGUCAGUUACGGAUUCAUCAGCACCCUCGUCAAUCAUGACUUUAGGAUCUUCCUCCCCUCAGCUCUCUUUAUCCUCAAACUCCUCCUCCCCCACAGCCUCAGUCACACCCACUACACGUGGACGUCUACGAGAGGAGAGGAAGGACCCAUUGUCUGCUCUAGCCAGAGAAUAUGGAGGAUCCAAGAGGAAUGCUCUUCUCAGGUGGUGUCAGAAGAAGACAGAAGGUUAUCAGAACAUAGACAUUACCAAUUUCAGCAGCAGCUGGAAUGAUGGUUUGGCCUUCUGUGCUGUUCUCCACACUUAUCUACCUGCUCAUAUCCCAUAUCAAGAGCUCAACAGCCAGGACAAGAGGCGAAAUUUUACAUUGGCAUUCCAGGCAGCAGAGAGUGUGGGAAUUAAGUCUACACUGGACAUUGGUGAGAUGGUACACACAGAAAGACCAGACUGGCAGAGUGUGAUGACCUAUGUUACAUCCAUCUACAAGUACUUUGAGACUUGAGUCUCUGAAUCUUCUUACCGCUGCCCGUGUUGGUGGCUGCAGGCCAGCAGAGACGUUCCGCUGCGUACCUUCAGCUCAAGAGUCCCUAUGAAACAGACAUUUCAGAUGCAUUGUUUUUGCAUUUUGUUCUGACUGCGUUUUGCAGAUCCCUCAUCUGGCAUUGGGGUGGGGGUGGGGGGUGAGGGUGUGGAUGUGGAUGUGUAUGUCCAGCCUUCUUCUAGCAUUAUUGCUAUUGACAAGGAGGUAAAGCCUUUAACAAGGACCUUUCACAAAAGCUGUGCAAACUUGCAACAUCUAUUUUUAUCUUUCUUUUUCCUUUUUUUUUUAAAUCACAUGCUAUGUGCUUACACAUUAAUCACAUGCUCACAUGUGGUCACAGAAACAGCUGAGCUUCUUUGCUCAUUCAUUCGCGAUUCUCAUGCAGGAUGCAUUUUCUGUAAAUGACCCAAGGCUGCUGUGCAGGUACAUUUUUGUAUUUUCCCCAUAAGCUAUUGUUCCACCUACUUGGACAGGCAGCUGUAUGUGAACUUUUUUUGUAAUGCUGGACCAUCGCUGAUCUUCAUUUUCAUCAACAUUUGUAAUACAUUCCAUUGUGCCAGUUUCUCUGUUAAACAAAAUGUAAUUUCAAGAUGUUUGGCUUAAUUUUUAGUCUUUUUGAUGAAGACUUCACCAGUGGCUUGAUGGUGGUAAUGGUGCCUUGCCUCUCAUUGAUUCAGUAAUUAGUAUUAGUAUUUAUUACAAAGAGUGAUUCUCCCAAGGCUGCCUUUGCCACAUAGCUCAUAGUCUGUUUACACCUUACAUUAACAUGUAUUUCAUAUCCAGAUCUUAACUGGAUAAACUUUGGCUGGAUUCCAUUUACACUUUUCAUUAAAAUGCAUCUCCAGUAUGACCAGAUGAGAUGCAAUUGUACUUUUCUGACGUAAAAAAGCAUGUCGGCUCAUAUGUCACUUCCUUUUACAUUUGUUUAUUUAUUUCUCCGUUACGACAUCAGUCGACAAACUUGGCUUGGGCGCUUUUCUUGGCCUGGAGUGCAUGAAAGCUCUUGGUUUGGGCUAACCUCAGGCUCGCGUAUCCUCCAUCUUAAGUUUCCUUGAUUAAAAUCUCACCUGCUAGUCAGAGCUCGGCAGACGCAUUUCUGCUCACGUAAUUGUAUAUGGAUAACGAAAUUGCGCUCCGUUUACACUUGUUAAACGCAGUCGAGAUCCCUCUCUGACCACCUCCAAAUGUGGUUUGAGUGAUCCGAAUGUAAUCCGAACACAAUGCGUCCUGGGGGUGUUUACACCUGGCUUUUCAUGCAGUCAAGUGAAAUUCGAUCACAAAAACACAUGUUAAUGCAAGGUGUAAAGGCCCAUAGUCUGGUUUUGUGUCAGUGUGAUUGCAUUUGUGUUUCAUGGGAAUCAGUCAUAUGCCUUUUGUUUCCAUAUGAUUUACAUUUCAGACUCGAUUUGGCUACUUAACUGACAGCUUAAAAUGUACUGUUGUUGGCAUUAUUUAUUUUUUUUCCACAGUAAGUCACAGGCGGUCAGUAACCUCAGAAGUAACACUCACAGCUACUAUUUUUUUCAACAGCAGCAUCACCCCUGGACAUUUGCCUAAGCAAGCUGUUUUCAGUCAUUCUCUAAACAAUUCCUCAUUGCCUUUUGUAAUUCAAAAAGCAGCAGCCUUUUGUAUGCAAAUCUGAAAGCAUUUCUGUUAUCAAUAGGAUAGAAACUUUCCUAACUUGGCUGCUUUCACUGAACUCCAGAGCUGUUUUUAUCCCGUAUCCUUUCUUAGAAUCUCGCUGCUUCCAAAAAUGAUAUCUGGCUCACUUAGUGCCUCUGAAGAGCGGAAGUAUUGAAAGUGGUUUUUGAUUGUAAUCAGCACCAUGCUGGGUUGAACAAAGUGAGUGAGCUUUACUCUGAUACCCAGGUUACCUAGCUGACUCCUGCGAUGCUAUCUAGCUGUCUUCUUACUGAUCUCAAAGCACAAAAUAGGACUGAAUGUUUGUAUGCUAAAUUGUAAUGUGAAACAACACCCAUCCUCUUGUAUAUUUCUGAGUGCAUUAAAUGGCUCCCCUGUUUGGAGCUCAAUCUAAGCUAUGCUUCUGCACAAACAUAAAGCCAAGAGCACCAUAAACAUUUCAAAAGUGUCAUUUGAAGGAUGAAAAGACUCUUAGAACACAGAACCUAACCUAAAUGCAAAGUUCUACUUGCUCUGAUGUCUUGCUGCACUGCCUUAAGUACUAUAAUAUAAAGAUAUUUCCAUGCUAUUUUGCCACCAUACAUUGGUAUUGUCAGAUAUAUUUGAAGCAACUGAGAAAUUUAUUCCAAGAUUUUGAGAUCCACAGCAAGGGAUAAUGUUAUAAUUGUACAGUACAGUAUUUGUAGUGCAUAUAUAUUUUGGGUUAAAUGUCAUUUAUCUGAAGAAAAAAGGCACAACCUGUAAUUUAUUCCAUAGGCAGAGUGCUUUGCUGAGUUUGGAUAAUAAAAAAGGAGGUUAUUCGACAAUACGAGGAAUAGAUUUGUUUAUGUAUCAUAAAGCUGCUGUUAGCAACUCGGUAUUAAUGCGUUAUUUUGAUAAACAGGACAUUUCAUCCGGUUAUGGUGUCAGCUGAUUUUACCUCCGAAAUUUGACCAGAUCGUGAAACAGGCCAGUCGUAUGUUAACAAAUGACAAAAUAACUUUACAUUAGCUUUACAGAUUAACCUCACGUUUUUUGCAAUUUAUCAAGAUUUCACUCACUGAAAUGCAUUUUUUGUGUCAUUAUCUAGUCAACUGGUUUUGUCAGUCGUGUGAGUUUGAACUGAAUUGCCAUAGAUGUGGAUGUGAGACAGUACAUUAUUACACUCUUGUAGCACCGUUUACUGAUCCUCUCUGGUUGUCAAUUACGUCUCCUACUUGUAAAUUAAAGAAUUCAUACCUGGACUUCUUGUUACUUAUUUCCUUAAAAACUUCCCUAGAUGUGCAAGUCUGACACCAAUAAAUGAUUACUCUGACCAAAAGAUUA